UGUUCGAGCUGUGUGCGUGGGUUUUCCCCCGCCUGUUGCUUUCAGUUCCCUCCGCCUGUCUUCAGCCUUAUAGGUAAAACCAUCACACACAUUCUGCCAUUGACAUUUGUGAAACAGCUUGAAGCCUGACCUGAAAUAAGGUGUGUGUUUCUGUGAAGAUGUCGGACCCCGAGACUCCAAACCAGCCUCUCCUCCAGGCAGCCACCAAUGUGCCAGCAGCACAGAGGGGCAGUUCCUCCCGCGCCUACAAGGUGGCAGGGUUUACCCUGUUGGCCUGUCUCCUGAUUGCCGGCCAGGCGAUGAUCGCCUACUUCCUCCUCAACCAGAGGAAUGACAUCAAAUCCCUGGAGGAGCAGAACAGCAACCUGCAGGCCGAGAUGACGAGGGGAAGAUCUGUUGCCGUGCCCAUGCGGACUCACAUGGCAAUGAACGCUCUGCCCGUGAUGGAUGUCUCUAUGGAUGAGGAUUCUUCCAUCACAGACCCAGAAAAACCUGCCCCUCGUCAGGUCACUGACUGCCAGCUCGAGGCCGCCGGUAAGAAGCCUGUGCAGGUGCCAGGUUUCCGCCCCAGCUGUGAUGAGCGCGGCUUGUACCAGCCCCAGCAGUGCUUCAUGACUCAGUGCUGGUGUGUCAACCCAGCCAACGGAAAGCAGAUCCCUGGAUCUCUGAAAAAUGGACAGGCCUCCUGCCGUGCAGCUGUCAUUGCUGGCAAGAUGAGAGAGGCUUUGACUCUGCCUGAUAUUGAAGUCUAAUAACAUGCUGGUGAAAUUUCCUCUAGAGACCAGCAAUGGUUCGAGCCAAAAAUCAUGAUUCGCUACAACUUCAGCAACUUUUACUCACCAUAUUAUCUGUAGGACCUGAUAAGCUAAUGAGUUUUUUUUUUGAGCUACAAGAUUAUAACAAUUUCUCUGCUUGCUAUCAUUUUAUUAGUUUAUUGCAAAUGAUCUGCAACCAAUGUUAUUCUAACAGGUUAUGUUUGCAUUACAUCUUAAAUGGCUCGUAAAAGUUAAGGAUUUUAAAUGUUUGGUAUUGUUUUUUUUUGACAGAAAUAUUAUUGUAUUCAACAUUUGACCCAUUUCAGUUUGCAAAAAAUAAUAAAAAAAAAAUAUGUUGGGAAGUUUGUAAAAGAGCAGUGAAUUGGAAAAUAACAGCAUGGACCAUGGGGCCAUUCAUUGGAGUGUGGGCAGAUUUAAAUUAUUGAUAUAAUUAAUAUAUUUUGCCAAUGAAAACAUCUGUUCACUGAGAUAAACAAUGUGGUAAAAAAAAAAAGGAUGAAACUGUGAUUACAGAAAAUACUGACGCCAAGAAUACUCAAUUGCAAACUGUAUUUUCCCCCCAUUUAUUUGAACAACCCAAAUAAAGAUUUUAAAAACA